CUCUUGGUGCAUCAUCAUAUUACUUCUUUUUAACCAUCGUCUGUCGGUAAAGAUGAUACCAAGGGACCUUUUUUUUUCAUGUGAAAUAGAUCAUAUUUGUUGGGGGUCGGGUGUAACGUAUAUGAAAGAAGAGUCUAUAAGCAAGCAAUAUCGUACAGAGAUUUGAUCAGUAUUCUAUAUAUAUUAUAUCCUUUCCCUUUUUCUCUCUCUCUCUUUCUUUCUCUCUCUCUCUCUCACUCAUAUAUAUAUACAUAUAUAUAUUCUCAUGUUUGGAUCAUCAACUGUAUUAAAGGCAGAAUUUUUAACAAGAGAGCAAUUAAGCGCACUUCAUUUAUAUAAAUAUAGAGCAAUAGACAAAUCAUUCGUAAGUAGAUAUGUUUUGAGUCAUUAUUGGAAUUGGUGCGUUCAAUUUUUUCCUAUCAAUAUGGCUCCCAACUUGAUUACUUUGACAGGAUUACUCUUUAUGGUUUUGAACGUCAUUCUAGCCAUCCUGUUUGUUCCUGAUAUGGGUAAUGAGGAUGUAUCAGAGAUAAGAUGGAUUUAUUUUAGUUUUGCCAUUGGUUUAUGGCUUUAUUCUACAUUUGAUAAUGUAGAUGGUAAACAAGCAAGGAGAACAGGUACUUCAAGUCCUUUAGGUGAAUUAUUUGAUCAUGGAUGUGAUGCUAUUAAUUGUUCCUUUGCUGCCAUCUUACAAGCAACUGCUGUUGGAUUAGGUCAUUCAAAGGCAAGUGUCUUAUUGUAUAGUAUUGCCAUGUUGGGAUUUUAUUUAUCGACAGUGGAAGAAUAUCAUACAGGUACACUUUAUUUGGGUUAUAUUAAUGGUCCAACUGAAGGUGUCCUUUUAUCUUGUUUUAUUUUCAUUCUAUCUGGUGUAUACGGUAAGAGCAGUAAAAGAAUAGAAAGAAUAUAUAUAUAUAUGCGUGUGUGUGUGUAUGUGUGUGUGUGUGCGUGCUCAUUCAUUACCACUUCCCUAUAUACAUAUAUAUCAGGUCCCGGUAUAUGGAAAGUACCAAUGAAAGAGGCAGUCAAAGUCGCAUGGCUGCCCAAGAUGAUACAAGAUAUACCAGUCUCUCAUGCAGUCAUUUGGUGGAUUGGAUGUUUAUUUUUAUUUACCCAUGCCCCUACAUGUUUUUAUGCAAUGUAUAAAGCUUGUAAACAAAGACAACAACCUUUUCUUAGAACAAUGUUAGUUCAAAAUAUGCCUAUUGCAACCUAUAUCAUUUGUUUUUAUGCUUGGAUUAUGUCUCCUUAUUCAACUAUCUUGACACAUCAACAUUUUAUAUUAUUUGCUAUCACUACUGGUAUCGUGUUUGGAAGAAUGGCUACAAAAGUGAUUUUAGCUCAUUUAACUAAAUCCAAGUUUCCUAAAUUUACUGUUCUAUUGAUCCCUUUAAUGAUAGGUGCUAUUUUGACAAAUAUACCCAUUUUAUUUCCAGUCAUCAUAGGACCUAUUUUUACACCAAAAUCAGAGUAUGCCUUCUUGUUAGCUUACUUUGGAUUUGCAGUUAUUGCUUAUAUGAGAUGGGCUAUAGUGGUAAUCAAUAGUUUUUGUGAAUUUUUAGGUAUUCAAUGUUUAAUUAUUCCACCAAUAAAAAAGGUAGAAUAAAACUAUUUUAUUGUAUAAUCCAUCUAUCAGUCGCCGUCGUAGUCAAAUUAUAAUGAAAC